CGGCACCAGCCCCCCAACACCCAACCCGGGAAAGCGCUCAGCCCCGGCCAAGUCCUUAGCCUACCCCAAGACCUGCGAACAAUAACCUGCUAACCCUACCUAAUCCAAGGACUGACAUUACUCAGUAAGAAAGAAAGUAGGGAACAGUCUAGGUAAAAGUCAUCCCCGAUAAUCUCCAUAGAUAUAACAUAUGAAGUAGAAUACUUAAACCUACACAUUCAUUACCCAUACUACCACCAACCACAUCCUCUAUUCAUACUUCCUUCCUCCAUCUACCAACCUAUACUACCACCACCACACCACCACUACAAAAUCCUCUCACAUACAUAACAUACAUACUACUACAUCUCCAAAAUGGAAUUGCAAACUCCCACCCCCAAAUCCAUCCUCCUCAUCAACGGCCCCAACCUCAACCUCCUGGGCACCCGCGAACCCCACAUCUACGGCAGCACCACCCUCUCCCAAAUCGAGUCCUCAUGCGCCGACCUAGCCACCUCUCUCUCCUGCACAUUCGCCUCAUUCCAAUCCAACCACGAGGGCGCCAUCGUCGACCGCAUCCACGCCGCGCGGGGCUCCGUCGACGCGAUCAUCAUCAACCCCGGCGCAUACACACACACAUCCGUCGCGAUCCGGGAUGCGUUGCUGGGUGUGUCCAUUCCGUUUAUCGAGCUGCAUGUGAGUAAUGUGCAUGCGCGGGAGGAGUGGAGACACAAGAGCUUUUUCAGUGAUAAGGCGAGUGGGAUUAUUGUGGGUUUGGGCGUGCAGGGGUAUAGGGUUGCGGUUGAAUACGUGGCGAGGAAUUGGGCGCCGUUGAAGAAGGAGGGGGGAAAGUUGUGA